AUGUCGCCCCCCGCGCCGCCCGCGGCCGCUACAUGCUCGCCCCGGCCCCGCGGCCGCCGCCGCUCCUGCGCCGCUAGCCUGGCCGCAGUCUCCUCCCGCGGCCGCCAGGGGCCGUCCGCGCCCUGCACCCCGCACCCCGCACUUCCGGACCGAGGGCGCAGCCCCGCCCCCGCGACCACGCCCCGCCCCGCGCGCGCACGCCCCCUCGGCCCACACGCUCCGCCCCCAGCCCUUCCAGGCGGCCGAGGACGCGCCUGCCCUGCCCGCCCCUUUCAGGGCCGCGGGAGCGCGCCUGUCGCGCCCCUAUCCCGCCCCACGCCCUUCAGGGAGGGCCUCCAGCCCGCGCCCACAACCCCGGCUCCUCAGGGCCGCACGAGCGGCUCCAGCGUUUCAAUUCUGCCGCCAUCUUUUGGGCAGCCAACUUCCCAGCCUGCCUCACGCUCAAGCAGAAAACAACCCGAGGGCGCAGCUAACACGCCCCCGGCCCCGCCCCGGCGCCCUCGUGACGUCAUCCCCCAGGGCCGCCCGGCGCCGCCGAUGACUUGGAGCCACGUGCGGCCGCCGGCGGGCUGUGUAGUGACGCAGGCGCGAGACUGUGCGGUGGCAGCCAUGGCGGGCGGUUGCGGUGAGGCGGCUCCUGGGUCUCGCGGCUAUCCAAGACCAUCGAGGGUCCCCGGCGGCGCCUGCCUUCUGCUGAGGCUGGGUGGACUCCUCUGCGGCAGAUCUCCUGUAAGAUGUGCUGGUUAAGGCUUCUGGCAGAUUCGGGUCAGUCCCGUCAAUCCCAAGUGCGACCGGUCUUCUGGGGCUGCCAUCCGCAGACCCUUCUCGCAUCCAUGUACCUGGCGGCCUCCCUCGUCGCGUGCUGUUGGUAGGGGGGCAAGUCAGGCCCUUUACACGUCCUGACAGGCACCCGGCCCACCCCCAGCCAACUGUGCGCUGUGUUCCCGCCCCAGCACGAGACCUGUGGGGUUUCCGCGGCAGAAGAUGUCAGAGCUGGAAGAGACCUGAGAGGCGAUCCCUUUGGUGGGUGAUGGGUUCUUCCCGGAAUCUGGUGGUAAGUGUCGGGGAAGGGUCUGGCCUGGUGGGUCCGUAAGUCCCUCUGUCAAGGAGUUCAGAAUCACCCACUUACCCUACCUUCCCAUGUUGCCCGUCAGGUGAUGGAGUCCCAGAAAGCGUAAUUGUCUGCCAGCUCACGAGGCUGUUUUGUGCAGAUAGUUUGAUUACCUUUGUGGUUUGGGAUUCAACUUGUCGCCUCUUCCCCGGGAAUCUCCAGAUGAGCGGUGUGUCAGCCUGGAAAAGGUGGGCUCCUGCCGCAUCCCUGUGGCAGAGGCCUUUUAGCUCUCGGUGCAGUCAGGAGUGGGAGCCCAGGUUCACGCCCAUUUAUUGCCACUUGCUCUCAAUUGGCAUUUGUACAAUCUCUUGUUUAUGCUCUUACAUCACUUAAUUGUAACAACAGGCCUCGGAGUUGUUUCCAGUUUCCUGGGGAGCCGAGGGUGUGACCUGCUGCACUGACACCCCAGGCCUUUGGGCCUCUUCUCUAGGCAGGAUCAAAUCCUUGCUCUCUCUCCAGGAGGCUGGGAGUUCUGGUUCUCGGCCCAGGCUCGGGGGGAAGGCCUCCAGGCCACGUGUGCAUGUCUGACCAACAUUCUCGGACGCCAGGCUUGCGCGCCUUGUCUGCUUCCAGAACAAGGAUCUUCGCUGUACGCCAAGACCCAGACCCCUCUGACAUCAGAAUGACAAGUGGGAUGUUUAAUAAAACAAUUUUAAAUUUGGGGUCA